AUGGCCGGUGAAGUUAGUGCAAAUAUUAGUAGAAGUAGUAAAAAUAACACCGAGCCCGAGCCACCAGAUCGUAACAAGUCGCCCAACUUUAUAACGGACGAAACCGAGUUUAUUGGAAAAGGAGAUAUUAGAACAUCAACCCCCGUCAACAAACAUAGGCGAAGUAGAAGUAAGAGUGGUACCAGGAAGACCCCAGUACCGCUUAGUUUUUCAGACGAACAUUUUUAUGAGGAUUUAGAAGCGUAUGUUAGAGAAAUGUCCGCGGCUAGGCAAACAAGUGCUACUAUGGAGGCAGGCCAGGAACAGGACCUGUGGGCUCAGCUCCAGCAGAAGGAGUCCGACCUACUGCUGGCGGCAGAGCUCGGGAAGGCUCUCCUCGACAAGAACGAGGAGCUGAAGAAAGAACAGGAGCGCGUGACGGAAGAGUACUCCAAAAAAGUAGAGGCCGUGGCAACGGUACCUCAUUGCGCUUAUCCCACAACCCCGGCUAAACAUCAGCCCUAUAGGGCCCCGCCUAUGGUGGUCUAUUGGCUCUUUGAGGCGCACACGGAACGCACCGCGCCGUACGCUCGGGUCUGGUUCUGGUCGGGCGACGGGCAUUGCACCUGUGCAAAGCCGGUGAAGGAGAUGAAACUAUUUGACUGCACGGUUGGUGCGGUGGCUGGGCAACUGGCUGCCGUGCAACGUGACGCCGGUAUGCUGUUCCAUGAGGUAAAGGGUGAACCCAUCACCACCAUGUACUGGGACGUAAUACUGUGA